AGCUGACGGAGCGGCGGCGGCGGCGGCGGCGGCGGCGGCGGCUCUCGGCAGUCGUGUGCGGUCUCCCCAACCAGUCGUGGUGUUCGGGCGGAGUCCGGCAGGCGAGUGGCGUGCAUCUGUCCCGAGAACUCCUCGCCAGCAGGAGACCACGCACCGGUGUGUUGUCUGAAGUACAAAAGCCGGCGACGAGGUCAGGAUGAGCGGCUCCGCGGCAGCGUCUGGGGCGAGGUCGGCGGCCGAUCGUCUGAGGUCAAAGGACUCCUCUCCAGCGAUCGGCACCGUCUGCUUCGAUCCGGCCACUCUGAAGAAGCGACUCACCCCUUUGCAGCACCACAUCACACAGGACAAGGCCACCGAACGGGCGUUCUCGGGUCGAUUCAACAAGCACCGCGAGCCGGGCAUCUAUCGAUGCAUCGUGUGUCGACAGGACCUGUUCUCCUCGGCUACUAAAUAUGACUCCGGCUCCGGAUGGCCCAGCUUCUAUGACGUCAUCGACCCCCGCCGGGUGACGCUCAAAGCCGAUCUCUCACAUGUGGGCGGUAACAUCCUGCUGCUGGUGGCCAACCCGGGCAUGGAGCGCACGGAGGUCAGCUGCGCCCGCUGCGGCGCCCACCUGGGUCACCUGUUCAAGGACGGACCGAAACCCACCGGGAACCGCUACUGCGUCAACUCAGAGUCGCUCGACUUCCGACGCGACGACUCGAUUGACGUUCUCGACAGGGUAGAGUUCGCGAAAGGCUCGUGUGGAGAGCUGAGCGGCUCGUGCGGCGCCCCACCCCGGCCGUCGCCGCGCGCGACCGCGCCCAGUGCUGCCAUCUCUCGGGUGGUGGAGAAGUACAAUUCACUAGGUGGCGCUGGUAGUAAUGGUUCUGGUGUCUCUGCGAUUGUGAACGGACAGAGCGCGACAAAUGGGAGCCGAAGGCAGAGCGACGGGGUGGCACACGAAACCAACGGGAAAACAUGAAUGGGUUGUGUAAUGCAUUUUAUUAUUAAUUUUGCCAGGGUCCAGGAUCUAAUGAAACUUGAAAGAAUUUUAUGGCGAGCGUGUGUUGUUUGACGAAAGUCUAUAUAUUUUGAUACGAUGUUGCAUUUUAUUGUUGUGUCAUUGUCAUCGUUUCGGUACCACUACCAAUAGGUUGCGAGGUAAGGUAUAGCUUGUGUCCUGCUGGAAUGAAGUGAGAAAUGCAUC